AUGGAGAAUACACCAUUCCUCAUUGCCAGGGAUUUGGACGAGUUGAGCCAUGUGAUGCAUCUGGUUCCUCGGAGUACCAACUGCGUGGCCUGCGACGAUUCUACCCAACUCGAAUGCCCAAAGUGUAGCGAUGGCGAGAGCUGCCAGUUUACCGUCCCUCUCGACUGUACACAAUGCGCGAAGUCGAUUUGCAUGCAAGACGAUACAUCCAGCUCCAGCUCAGGUAGCAGCGGUCCCAGUGUCGGCGGUAUCGUCGGCGGCGUUCUUGGUGGCCUUGUCGUUAUCGCCGUCGCCACCUAUCUGGUCUGGAGGUUCUGUAUCAAGCCGAAGAGAUCUCAGAUCCCUACGUCUAUCUACGUCCAGGAUAUGGACGCCGUGCAAGGCUCCGAGAAGGAUGCCGCUUCAAGGAGGACUCGCCCACCAUCCACACACACCGUCCACUCUAUCGCUUCUACUGUUCUUACCAGAGCAUCCAACAUCAUCCAGAUUGCCUACAUCCCUGGCGUCACAAACCGGGCGACCCCGAACUCUCCCAGCGUUCCCGUCCCUCCCGUCCCGCCGAUCCCCGUACAGCACACCGAGGGUCGAAGUCCCCUAGGAAACGACGAGCAGCACUUUUUCGUUCCGGGUGACCUUCGAGACUCGACUUACUCAGGCCUGUCUGGCUACUCUGACCGAACCUCUUACGCCCGCACCUCAUAUGCACCCCGAUCCAGUGUCGCGUCAACCAUCUACGGCAAGCAGGCACAAGUCCAGGUUCCCGCCCAAACCGGCAUGCGUGCCAAGCCUACUGUUGUCAGCGUUAAGUCCACUGGAAACAGCAGUUUGGAAGUCAACACACCUCCAGUCCCGACGAUUGAUUUCCAGAGGUUUGGCUCAGGACGACCCAAGAGCGGAGCCAGUGCGUUCAGCGUUGGCUCGACCUUCCUCAACAGCGCCAACACUGCUACGCAGGCUCGUGCCCAGGUUGUCAAGGUUGUAGGACUCAAGAAAAUCGAUAUUGCACCCAAGUCUGAUACCGACUCAUCAACAACACUCUCACUGCCAGCCCAAUCACGACCUACCACACCCGGCGGAAACCCGACUCGAGACUCUAGCGCCAUCACCAUCAUUGAUGACUCUCCGUCAGUCGACCAAGGUCCCUUUUCAGACCCUCCAGACCGGUCAACCCCACAGAAGUCGAGCACCACCCCCGGGCUGGGAGCAGUGAUGGAAGACUCUGCUGGCGAGACUGAUCGGAGUUCUGAGCGAGGCUCUUCCCAACGACGAGACAGCAGUCCGUUUGGUGAUCAACACGCGACCAAGGAGUAA